UGUUUCCCUAUGAAAAUGCAAACAACACCCUUUCCCUUAAAACAUCUCUUUUUCCGUUCACAAAAUCUCACUCCCCUAUGGACCAUAAUAGUAAUCGCUGCAACGGCAAUUCUGAUUCCCAUCUCAAAAUACCUAAAAUCAAGUUCACAAAGCUCUUCGUCAAUGGACAAUUCGUUGACUCCAUUUCAGGGAAAACUUUCGAGACCAUAGAUCCAAGAACUGAGGAGGUUAUUGCCACGGUCGCCGCCGGGGACAAAGAAGACGUCGAUCUGGCCGUGAAAGCCGCCCGUCAAGCCUUCGAUCAUGGCCCUUGGCCCCGCAUGUCCGGCGCCGAGAGGGGGAGGAUUAUGAUGAAACUAGCGGACUUGAUAGAUGAACACAUGGAGGAACUGGCAGCGUUGGAUACGAUCGACGGUGGAAAAUCGUUUCUGUUGGGAAAAAUCGUGGAUAUACCGGGAGCUGCAAAUACACUUCGGUACUACGCAGGUGCAGCGGAUAAAUUCCACGGCGAGGUAUUGAAAAUGGCAAGACCGCUUCACGGUUACACGUUACUUGAACCGAUUGGAGUGGUGGGCCACAUCAUACCGUGGAAUUUUCCGACGACCAUGUUUUGGCUGAAAGUCAGCCCGGCGUUAGCCGCCGGUUGUACCAUGAUCGUCAAGCCCGCCGAACAGACGCCCCUCUCCGCCCUCUUCUACGCCCAUCUCGCCAAACUGGCUGGUAUACCAGAUGGAGUACUGAACGUUGUGACUGGAUAUGGGCCAACCGCUGGAUCAGCCGUUGCGUCCCACAUGGAUAUUGACAAGGUGAGCUUCACAGGAUCAACCAAGGUGGGAAGGCUGGUAAUGCAGGCAGCAAGUGCCAGUAAUCUGAAGCAAGUCUCCUUAGAAUUAGGAGGCAAAUCACCCCUUCUGAUCUUUGAUGAUGCCGACCUCGACAAAGCCAUUGAUCUUGCCCUCCUCGCUAUUUUUUAUAAUAAGGGAGAAAUUUGUGUGGCUGGCUCCCGAGUGUUGGUUCAAGAAGGGAUUUACGAUGAAUUUGUGAAAAAGAUUACUGAAAAGGCCAAAUCUUGGGUGGUGGGAGACCCUUUUGAUCCUAAAGUUAACUAUGGACCCCAGGUGGACAGAAAACAAUUGGAUAAAAUUCUGAAAUACAUAGAACAUGGUAAAAGAGAAGGAGCAACAUUGGUUACUGGCGGCAAGCGUAUAGGCGAAGUGGGAUAUUACAUUGAGCCCACAAUCUUUACAAAUGUCAAGGAAGACUCACUUAUUGCCCAAGACGAAAUAUUCGGUCCAGUCCUCUCCGUCAUGAAAUUCAAGACAAUUGAAGAGGGAAUAAGGAGUGCAAACAACACCAAAUACGGGCUAGCAGCUGGCAUAGUGACAAACAGCUUAGACAUAGCGAACACGGUCUCGAGGUCGAUCCGAGCAGGGACAAUUUGGAUAAAUUGUUACUUUGCUUUCGACCCGAGCUGUCCAUUUGGAGGGUACAAGGCGAGUGGGUUCGGUAGAGACUCUGGAAUGCACGCUAUCCAUAAGUAUCUUCAGACUAAAUCUGUUGUGACUCCUUUGGUUAACACUCCUUGGCUUUGAUUCAUUGUGUGUGGGGACGCUAUGCUACUAUACUUGUUCUUUUUCCCUUUUACUUUUUUUCCUUUGUAUUUAGUAAUAAUGCACGCACACCUUGUUCAUUUUUUUAUCUCUUUCAAAUAUAUGUGCAAAUAAAUUAAUUACUAGUUUAUAACUA